UUCACUGUGUUAGCCAGGAUGGUCUCGAUCUCCUGACCUUGUGAUCCACCCGCCUAGGCCUCCCAAAGUGCUGGGAUUACAGUCGUGAGCCACUGUGCCCGGCCUUUCCUUCCUUUUAUAUCACACAGAAAAUCUAUCUUUUAGAAUUGGUACAUUGGCAGGUUAGCUUCAUUUUAUAUGCGUUAUGAUCAAUGAUACUGCUCUUGGUGUUUUAGUUGUUAAGGAAUGUAUUGAAUGGAUGUUUAAAUAAAGAUAAUGUAUUUAAUAGGUUUUAUAAAUAUCAAGAGUCAUGCUGCGACUCUACUGUGUGAAAUUAGCAAAGGAAAGUCAUAACUGUAACGUGUAUCUUUGCAUGCCCGAGUGCUAACACUUGUCAGAAUUUUUCUUACAUAAAGAGCUCUUUGCUUUGCAUUAAUGUAGUUAUAGUGAAGUCAUUUUGGAGGUAUUGUUGGUAACUUUAAUUCCUAGAGAAAACAUACAGUGUUAAAAAGAAAAUAAUAUUGACGUCUAUAGUCCCUGUUUCUUUUCUCCUAGUGAGGAGAAAAGAUUUCCAUUUAUACUAUUUGCACAUUACGUAAUUGUAAAUUUUACCUUGUAAAGAAUUCUGUUCUUCAGGACUGAGAGGGGAUCUAGAAAUGGAAGUCAUUUGGUACUUUGAGAAACUUUUCUUCUAGCUUCUUGAUAACAGAUAAUUGACCUUUUUCAUUUUCACAUUAUUUUAGCACCUUUGAUUAUUAAUGAACUAUUAAUGACUGUCUUCUUUGAUCUUCCUACCCUCUUAAAAGGAACUAGUUGGGCAGAAGAUAAAAGUGUCAGCUUGCAUCUCUGGGUACUUUGAACCAGGGAACAAAUACCAAAUUGUGUUUAAAAUCAAAGAUAGAUGGUUUGACCUGGAGAAUCAUGCCUGAAUCAAAGCAAGGAGGACUUGAAACUCAUACCAAGAGUUAGGGGUGGAUUGCAGGGUGAAUGAAAAACCUAGUAAGCAAAGAAGACCAAAGCUUGAAAGAAUGAGCUUUUUUAGAAAUGGAUGACUUACUCAGCUGGGUGCAAUAGCUCGUGUCUGUAAUCCUAGAACUUUGAGAGGAUUGGUAGGAGCAUUGCUUGAGGCCAGGAGUUUGAGAGCAGCCUGGGCAACAUAGCAAAAUUCUGUCUCUACCAAAAAAGAAAAGGGGGGCGGGGUUAUGGAGGUAGCUGGACUCUGUAAAGUGGCUGACCUUUCGUGUUCCUGUAGCAUAUUGUACAAAUAGUUCAGAUCCGUAUGUAGUAGCUGAGGGGGAAUGAAAACCAUACCUCUUCUCCCUCAGACCCCUGUAACUGGUAAGUAUAGCUAUGGUUAUUUUCUUGGAUUUAGUAGCAGCCUUAAUGCAGGAGUCUCAAACUUAAAUGCCUGCAGAGGCCACCAAGGUAAUAUAAAAGAGUUAAGUGGGCUGGCUAUAAGAGAAUAAGGAGUGGUGGGGAUUGUGGUAAAAUGAAAAACCAACCUAAUCAAAAACUCCAGCUAUUAUUGCCAUUAAGGAAUAGGGGUUCCAUGGAGGUAGAUUUUUCAGAGUUUGCAAGAGAAGCUGAAAAUGUGGUUUUGGGGUGAAAUUUCCUAAAUUUUAAAAUAUUUUGUUGGUUAAGCAGAAUUGCCAGCUGUAUUCAACCUGUGGUGUGCCAGUUUGCAUAUUCUACUUUAGUGUAUUUUCUGUGCAUUCAUAAAGGUUCCCAUGAGUGCUCUUCUGAAAUCUGUUUCUUCUAGCAAACAGACUUGGGAGCUGAUCAUGAUACCACUACAUAUUUAUUUUCUACUCAUUAAUGUAUAUGAACUGUCUUGGAUUGUUGGAGCAUAUCAGAGGAGUGUAUGAAGCAGAUGGCCAGGAGCAACAGGGUACUUAAUUUGGAAAGCCACAGAUUGAUGACCUCUAUUUUAUUAAAGAUUCUUGAUAUGGGUGGAUAGGUAGUGUGGUCAUCUCCAUGGCACUUGCCAGGAGAUCAAUAAUCUCCUUAUAUCAUUUGCUGAUAGACCAGAUGCCUUCCUAGAUAAUUUUUCUAGAUAUUGCCUAGGUAAAGAAAGCCAGUGGGGGAUAUCAGAGGCUAGAGAUGUAGAAGGAAUAGAAAGCAUAAUUGCAGCUUUCUGAGAAAAUUAGAGAUUGAGCCUGUCUAUUCUCUAUAUUCAUCAAUCCCUCUGAAAUUCUCAUGUGCAGAAUUUGGAAACCAUAUAUUAUUUAUAACUUUUCUAUUUUUAUUUUUUGACUUUUUAAAAAAUGUUUCUUUAUUUUUGCAUGGGUACUGCAUAUAUAAUAUUAACAAAAAAUGAAUAAAUAAACCAGUAAAGGAGAUUGUACAAUGGAAAGUCUGGCCCUUCUCAUCUCAGAUUCAACUUCUCCUGUCCUUCUCUGCAGGCACCCACUGUUUCUGUUUUCUUCUGUUAUCCUUCCAGAGAUUUUCUGUGCCUAAACACCAUUUGAAGCCAUGAAUGUAUAGUGAUGAGGGAUUUUUUACAGUUGCACAUGACAUCCUGGGAUUAGAAAUGCAAUUAGAUAUUGAGAAUAUUGAUGAGCCAAUAGGAGCUGAUGGGUUAGAAAAAUAAGGAGAUGAAGAGAAUCCAGGAUUUUAAGGUUUAAAUGAAGUUAGAGACUAGAUUUGGAGGGAGUAAGAGAAGAUACAGAAUUAUAUUUAAAAGAUUCAGAAUUUGGAAAAUUAGAACUAGUAUUAGUUUUAACUGGAAUCAUAUAAUGUAUGUGUUCAUACCAAGUAGAACAAAAAUAUGGUCUUUUUUUCCUCUCAUAUUUAAACUCCACAUUAUCUACCAUAAUGUUCCACAAAGAGCACAUAUUUAGUAAAUAUUGCCUUUAGUGUCCAAUUAUGUUUGAGCUUGCGGUAAAGUUUAGAUUUCUAAUUGCUAAUCAUGUUUCAUUUAAAAAAUAAUCUAUAAUGUUAUUUGCGAGAAUUUCAAUCCAUAGUCUUUUAGAAAAAAUAUCAAUACCAUAGGCAGAAAAAUAAUAUUUCAGGUAAUAGAGCAUGUCACUGCAUACAAAUCCGUUCUUACUUCAAUCAAAAAAGAAUAUGAUGCCUUUAUUGAGACAAUAAAGAAAGGCCGAAGAACUGCAUUUUGUCUUCAUGGAAAACUUAAAGGUUUGGCAGCAGAGCCUACAGCUUUGGUAUAUCACAGGAAAAGAACAAUCCAACUUGAAGCAAAGUAUGACUCUCCAAGAAUCCAUGAAUCUAGAUGCUCUCACUAAAUACAUGAAACAUCUUGAAGAUAAAUAUGCAGAAAUUAAACAAGCUAUGUUGAUAAAAUAUGUGCCAGCUCAGAGGAAGUCUGAUUUAGAUGAAGAAAUGAUUGUGUUAUUAAAACGGCGAGAUGUAGCUGAAAAUCUGAACAGAAAGUUACAGUUUUGUCAUCAAAGACUGCAGAUAAUUUCACAGGCACUUACUUCAUGGGUAAAAUCUGAUAUGAGCAGCCCAUUUCAAGACUUUGUGGAGCAAAUUCAGAAAACCAAAUAUUUACAAGGUGACCGAGGCAUUGUUGAAGAACUAAUGGAAGAUGAUCCGCACAGGGCAAAAGAAGCUGAAAUUAUGCUUCACUACAUUGAAAGAUUUAAUGAGUUAAUCUCACUUGGUGAAUAUGAAAAGGCAGCUUGUUAUGCAGCAAACAGUCCUAGAAGAAUUCUUCGAAACGUUGGUACAAUGAAUACAUUUAAGGCUGUUGGAAAAAUUAGAGGAAAGCCUCUUCCAUUACUCUUAUUUUUUGAGGCCCUCUUUAUCACAAGUCAUGCUUUUCGAUGUCCUGUUGAUGCAGCUCUAACCCUGGAAGGAAUCAAAUGUGGAUUAUCGGAAAAACGGUUAGAUUUAGUUAUCAAUUGGGUUACACAGCAAAGACUGACAUUUUCUGAGGAGGCUGGGGAUGUGAUUUGUGAUUAUGGGGAGCAGGAUACUUAUAACAAGGCCAAGUGCCUGGCUUUAGCUCAGAUUAUCUACAGUGAAUGUGGCCUGCACAACAAAGUUAUUCUUUGCUUGUGUAAACAGGGUCAGACUCAUAGGGUCAUGGAGUACAUACAGCAGUUCAAGGACUUUACUACCGAUGACCUGUUGCAGCUAUUAAUGUCAUGUCCCCAGAUUGAAUUAAUUCAGUGUCUCACUAAAGAGUUGAAUGAGAAACAAACAUCUUUAUCUUUUGGUCUUGCCAUACUUCAUCUGUUCUCUGUAGAUAAGAAAAAAAUUGGCAUUAAGCUACUUCAAGAAAUAAAUAAAGGUGGGAUAGAUGCAGUAGAAAGUCUUAUGAUAAAUGAUUCAUUUUGCUCCACAGAAAGGUGGCAAGAAGUGGCAAAUAUAUGUUCACAGAAUGGCUUUGACAAAUUAUCUAAUGACAUCAUGUCUAUUCUUCGAUCUCAGGCUGCAGUUACAGAAAUUUCUGAAGAGGAUGACGCAGUUAACCUAAUGGAACAUGUGUUUUGGUAGUUCUAUAUCUUAACCAGCAGAGGGAGCUUGUACAACACUUUAUGUAUGCUGGUUGGGCAAACGGAUUUUAACAUAACUAACUAAUAAAUAAAUUUAGAGUAAGCUCUCAGAAAUAAAUCACACUUUUGUUAUGAUGACAUUUGGAUUUGUCUUUGAAAUAUUUAUACCAUUGCUUCCUUUUUCCCAUAUGGUCAUUUCUUAUAUUGAAUCUUGAUAAAAUCCAAGAUUAUAACUUUGUGCGAAACAGUGUAGGCAUUUUUAUCUAAGGACAUAAGCUAAUGUCCAGAUAUAUUACUUUCUGGUGAUGUAAUAUGAUAGCAAAAACUAAAGAAGGUGCAGGUAGUAUCCUGUGUAUUAGACUGUCUUCCCAAAUGUGAAAUGCUACAAGCCUGACUUGACAAGAAAAACAGAAUAUCAUUUCAAGGUUGGACUUGCUGGCAAAAACCUGGAGUACAGUAAUUUUGUAUUGCUGAUUUAAAGAUGUGCCCCAUGCUUUGAUAUACAUAAAUAUGGCAAAGCUUAAGCUUCUAGUAUAAAAACUGGGAAUCUUGGCAUAUUAUUACUUAGAGAGAGGACCAGUCAAAUUUUGCAUAGAAGUAGACCUGUGAUACCUAUAGGUAUGGAAAAUAUGUCAUAAGAAGUGGUUUUGGAUGAUUUCAAGUAUCUGAAUAAGUAUUUGAUUGAAAAUUCUGAAAGUUCUGUGCCGUGGACAGUUGUAAUAUUUAAAAUAUUUAAUGAUUAGUAUGGCAUGGGCACAAAUCGAACAGAACAGAUACCCGAUUAAUCAGAACAGCCUUUAGCCCUUACGCCACACCACAGCAUACUAGCUAAAUGUUAGCCUGGACCAUGGAACAUGGUUAAAAUGAGCUGCUGGCUGGGCGAGGUAGCUCAUGUCUGUAAUGCCAGCACUUUGGGAGGUUGAGGCAGGAGGAUCACUUGAGCCCAGGAGUUUGAGACCAGCUAGGUAACACAGUGAGAUCCCAUCUCUGUUAUUAAAAAAAGAAAAAAAAUUUUCAAGUAAAAAAUGAAAAUGAGCUGCUAUUAGAAUAAGAGCAAAGAGCAUAACUUUUCCCCUCCUAAACUUAAAUUGCAUAUGUAUUUUUAUGUUAUAGUGGAAAGAAGAUGAACAGGGAGUCAGACAGCUUCAUAUUAAAAUUCUGGUCCUACCUCUUACUCAUUUAUAAAAUAUGGGCAGUCCUCCCUUAGGCUUGUUGUGAGGAUUAGUGAUAAUGUAUGUGUAGUGUAAGUGUAUAACAUGAUAGAGGAACUUAGUAAAAGAUAGCUAUAAUUCCUUUGUAAUAGGCCCCAGAAACACACGUUUUUCUACUUAGUUUGUACUUACUAAAUCCCAUAUGUCUAUUCAUUUGUAUUUAUAUGUUUAUCCUUCUUUAUGAUAUAUUGGUACAACUUACUGCUGAUAUUAUCUGUCCACACUCGUAUUAGGGUUGCCUGGCUUAUUUUAUAAAUUCAGAAGCAUUCAAGCUGAGUUUUUAAUUUUUCCAUUUGGUGCUAAACAGAGUACUGGAUAAUUAUAAUUCAGCUUUCUAAAACAUAGCUUUUUUAAAGUAAUACAUGUGCAUAGUUUAAAAAGCAAUUUAUUACUAAAAGGCUUAUCAAAAUAAUAUUUUGAUUUUUGGCCUUCAUGCUAGCUGUUGAAAAGAGCAGAUAAAGGAUGGAAAAAAGGAAUGGAGAGGGAGAGGUAUUUCAGCAGCACUGGUUCUUUGUGUACCAAUGGCUUAAAACCUUUUUUUUUUUUUUCUUUGAGACCUAUAUGAUUGAUAGAAAGCUAUUAUGUGUCCGUUGACAGAGCUUAGAAAAAACAUGUCUCCAUGAAAGCUGGGAGGAUAAAGUAGGUAUAUAAAUCUAGAGAAAGCUUAAACAGCUGUUGUUGUUCUUCUUCUAAUUUUGCCUUGUUUUUCCUUUGCUCAUUAUUACUCCUUCUCAGCUAGCAUUGCCUUUGGCAGCUUUCCCAAGGAAAGUGAAAGUUGUUAAGUGAAUAUAAAUUAAAAUGCCUGGUGAUGGAAAAUGGAGUUGGGAGGAAGAGCAAGAUUAUAAAGUUAAAUGAGAAAGGAGAAAGAAUUGAGUUGUGAGCUACAGAGGGCUUUGAAGCUGUCAGAGCCUCCGUGUAAGCUACACUGAAGGAGGUAUCAUCUGGGCCUCAGCACAGAAACCUGCAUUCUAGACCAGCCCCACCACUGUCUAGCUGCGUGUCCUUUUCCUCAUGCUUAAGAUAAAUUUAUUUUGACUAGAUAACUCCUCUUGUCAUUUCCACCUCUAAAAUUCAGUAAUUCUGAAAAGGUACAAAUUAUUUCCCAAUGCUUCUUGACCUUCAGCCUAAAUUUGAAAUACUACAAUUCGACAUCAGCAUCAACAACAUCUACUGAAUACCUAUUUUGCAUACAAUUUCUGCUAGCAAGAUUACAACUUCAAUGGAAACACACAGCAUAUUUUAAAAGUUACUACUAAUAAUUCCUUAACAUUAUCUAAUAGUCCAUAUUCAAAUUUCACCAGUUGCUUAAAAAUGCCUUUUAACAUUUGAAUUGUUCCAAUGAAGAUUUAACCAAUGUUCGUGUGUUCCAUUAGGUCUUGCUGUCUUGAGCGUGUCUUCUCUCUUUUUUUCUUCUUGCCAUUGAUUGCUUUACAUAGCAGUUGCAUAGCAAGAGCCAUGAUGAAGUAAGUUUCUCUGAUUUCACAUUAGGUUUUCUUUCUACCAUACCAUUGAGGAAAGGAAGGUAUUUUUUCCAAUAUUUAAUUGUAACUAGCUACAUUUUUGUUUAUUGUAGUCAUGCAUGUAUCAGAAUGAAUUUCUAUUAAAUUCAUUCAUUUGGAAAGGUUUAGAGAUGUUCUGAAACAGAAAUCUAAUCUAAUGAAAAAAAUUUUCUUAAUAUUUAGAACUUUUUCAAAUUCCUGAAUUAACUAAGAAAUGACCAUUAAAUUAAUCACUUUUUUAACUUUAAAAGAUGAAAAACUGAUACUUUUUAGGUGCCUGGAAUUCUGUUGGAUUGCUAAAGCAUAUGUUAAGUCAAAAAUCAUAGCAGAGGCCUUAUUUUUUUUUUUUAACUUUGUACAUUUCAUAGAAAGCGCGUACGUUUCUUCCAUUCUUUCUCAGAAAAAAACAACAUUUAACAAAUGUUCGGUGUAGCACUACUGAAAAUAUAAAACUGUCAAUUUGCUAGUAGUUAUAAUUUGUUGUGUUCUUGAAUAAAAAUAUAUUGGAUACAUAAAAAA